GGUGGUCACAAUACUAUUUCCGGUUCCAGAGAACAACACUUGUUUCAAAAGUGUGUUUCAGCACACCAGUGACACAUUCCUUGCCAUGGUCCAGCCUUAAUCCUGUCCCCUUGGGACAGUCACACUGGACUCCAGCUCUGGGAGAAUUAAGCCAUCCGACAUGCCCCUCCAGCCCAAGGAAGCGCACAUUCUACACAUCCAUUCGUUAAAGGACUACGGGACUAAAGGUGAACUCUGACAGGACUGCAUGAGAAGGCCCGUGUGUGAUUCUACAGGCUGAGGCCAGCUGCUGCUGUCUGGAAACUAGAGAGAAUCACUACGAUAUUAUUUUUGAACCGGGGCAGAAGUUGAGUGGAACAUUUCCUUCUUCCUGGACCACCACCAUGUCAUGGAGAAGAUGUCUCGGGUCACCACGGCGCUAGGCAACAGCUCCAUCAGCGGCCGCACCAUGUUCUGCCACCUGGACGCGCCCGCCAACGCCAUCAGCGUGUGCCGCGACGCCACGCAGGUCGUGGUGGCCGGCAGGAACAUCUUCAAGAUCUACGGCUUGGAGGAGGACCAGUUCGUGGAGAAGCUGAACCUACGCGUGGGCCGUAAGCCCUCCCUCAACUUCAGCUGUGCCGACGUCAUGUGGCACCAGCUGGAGGAGAACCUGCUGGCUACAGCUGCCACCAACGGGGCGGUGGUCACCUGGAACCUGGGCAAGCCCUCUCGGAACAAGCAGGACCAGCUGUUCACCGAGCACAAGCGCACCGUCAACAAGGUGUGCUUCCACCCCACCGAGGUGUACAUGCUGCUCAGCGGCUCGCAGGACGGGUACAUGAAGUGCUUCGACCUGCGCAAGAAGGAGUCGGUCAGCACCUUCUCAGGUCAGUCAGAGAGUGUGAGAGAUGUCCAGUUCAGCAUGAAGGACUACUUUACUUUUGCUGCUUCCUUCGAGAACGGGAACGUUCAGCUGUGGGACAUCCGGCGCCCCGACCGGUACGAGAGAAUGUUCACCGCCCACACCGGCCCCGUGUUCUGCUGCGACUGGCACCCCGAUGACAGGGGUUGGCUGGCCACAGGCGGCAGAGACAAGAUGGUGAAGGUGUGGGACAUGACCACGAACCGGGCCAAGGAGAUCUACUGUGUCCAGACCAUCGCCUCCGUGGCCAGGGUCAAGUGGCGCCCAGAGAGGAAGUGGCACCUGGCCACCUGUUCCAUGAUGGUGGACCACAACAUCUACGUGUGGGACGUCCGCCGCCCCUUCAUUCCCUUCGCCACCUUCGAGGAGCACAAGGACGUGACCACGGGCAUCGCGUGGCGCCAUCAGCACGACCCCGACUUCCUGCUGUCGGGCUCCAAGGACAGCACGCUGUACCAGCACAUGUUCAAGGACGCCAGCCGGCCCGUGGACAAGGCCAAUCCGGAGGGGCUGUGCUUCGGCCUGUUUGGCGACCUGGCCUUUGCCGCCAAGGAGAGCCUCAUCAGCGGAGACCCCAACAGGAAGCCGUACCCGGGAGGAGACCGCCGCUACCCCAUCUUCUUCUUCAAGAAGCCCGACCUGACGGAGCAGUUUGCUCACGUGUCCAGCGUCCUCAGCGUGUUUGAGACCGACCUGGAGAGCAGCCGCAUGGACUGGUUCGUCAAGACCGCUCGUCUCUACCUCCUCAGCGGGAAGCCUUUCGCAGAGCUCUGCGACCACAACGCCACGGUGGCCAAAGAACUCAACAGACCUCAGGUUUCAACCACAUGGACCCUGCUCCGAAUCAUGUUCUCCGACCCGGCCAACAUCUCCACGCCCGUUCCAAACCACAACAUGGGCAAGCUGGCCGCCUUGCCUCUGAUGAACAGCUUCAGUAUGAAGGAGAUGGGCACGGAGAACCGGCUGGACCGCAACAAGGGAGAGAACCGCCAGGAGAACCCUCACCUGGAGCCGGGGAACUCUCACAUCAGCAACAACAACGAUGAGAACGAGGAGACGGAGGGGAGCGAGGGCCAGGCGGAGUACAUGUUCGGGGAUGCAGAGCUGGAAGAUGAUGACCUGUACUCCAUAGAGCAGGACAACCAGGCUGCCGAGGAGCUGGAGUUCACGCUCCCCCAGGAGGCGUUCCCGCUGCGCCACGAGAUCAUGGACAACCCGUCCGCCCCGGAGCCCCUGCAGCAGGACAAGGCCGACUCGCCACACGUCAGCGGUAACGAGGCUGAGGUGGCCUGCCUGACGCCCAUCGAGUCGCUGUCCCUCAUCUCCAUCUCCCAGCCGCUCUUCAGCCCCCACCUCCCCGCCCGCUUCUUCUGCCCCGUGGUGAAGGAGAUGCUGGGCCACUACGCCGAGCAGGGGGAUGUGCAGAUGGCCGUGUCGGUGCUCAUCGUCCUGGGAGACCGCAUCCGCAAGGAGAUCGACGACCUCACCCAGGAACACUGGUACAUGUCCUACAUCGACUUGCUUCAACGCUUCGAGCUGUGGAACGUCUCCAACGAGGUGAUCAAACUGAGCACAUGCAGUGCCAUCACCUGUCUGAACCAGACUUCUACCACCCUGCACGUCAACUGCAGUAACUGCAAACGGCCAAUGAGCAACAAGGGCUGGAUCUGCGACAGGUGCCACCAGUGUGCCAGCGUGUGUGCCGUGUGCCACCACGUGGUGAAGGGGCUGUUUGUGUGGUGCCAGGGCUGCAGCCACGGAGGACACCUGGAACACAUGAUGAACUGGCUGAAGAGCAGCUCUCACUGUCCUGCUGGCUGUGGUCACCUGUGUGAGUACACCUGACCUCCUCCUCCCCCCAGCCCAGCUCCCACCAGCCCACCUCCACCCAGCGCACCUCCACCCAGCACACCUCC